GUGUUUCCCUUUUGGAUUAGCUGGGGAGCUACUAGAGCUAACUAGUUGGAGCCUGUGGGUCUGACCCGAAACCCAUUUCUAAUGAGCGACAUUUUCUGGAAAAUACGGAGAUUUAAUUGCCGCCCACGUUAAGCUUUUUUCUAAGCCAAGGUGUCCAUUUUGCUGGGGUUGGAGCGGGCUCAGCCGUAGCGUAGCUCGCUACAGAUACUAACAGCUGGAUUGGACACUAGUUUCAGCUAAGCUAAGCUAACGGGAACCCUAUUGCGGUUGGUGUCGGCACUUGGGUGAACAGUCGCUGCACAACAUUUAGCCGCUUGAAUGUUCUGGUUUCGGCUGAGUGCAUUGGUAACAACGGCUGUGUUGAUGUGUUAUUAACAACACAUAUCGCGCAUAGUUUAAGCGAGAGGAGUUUGUAGUAAUGCGACGUUUCGGCUGGCCCCGGGAGGUGCUGCUCUGGUUUGGGAAUAGCGGUAACUUCGCCCCCCGAUGCUAGCGUGGCUGCAAAGGCGUUAAAAGAAGGAUGGAGAGGAGUUUGGGGGCGUCGGCUAUCGGACUGCUGCCAUCCAGCCCAGCGACCCACGACACCUGUGACAGGCCUGUGCGUGGGGAUGACAUCAUGGCUGAGCUGGCCAGGGGCCUCCACCCUCGAGAACGCCCCGACUGGGAGGAGACCAUCAGCGCCAUGGCGAGGAGUGCUGAGGUCCCUGAUCUUCGCAGCAACACGGCCAGCACCAAGGUCAAGAGUGCAAAAAAGCUGUCCUUCAGCAAGAGCCAUUUCCCCAAACUGGCCGAGUGUGCCCACUUCCACUACGAGAAUGUGGACUUUGGAAACCUACAGCUGUCUCUUGCUGAUGAGGCCAGUGAGUCCAGCAGGAAUGGCCUGGAGUCCAAAGAGGGUGUCUACCUGGUGCAGAUACACUGCCAGGGCCGAAAUUGGAUAGUUCGUCGUAGCUACGAGGAUUUCCGCAUCCUGGAUAAGCAUCUUCACCUGUGCAUAUACGACAGACGCUACUCCCAACUAGCAGACCUGCCUAGAGAACAACCAGAGGCCGUUUCCCCCAUGCUGAUUGGCUACCUCACCCGCCUGUCGGCGAUUGCUGACAACAGGAUCAACUGUGGGCCUGCCCUCACCUGGAUGGAAUUGGACAAUAAGGGGAACCACCUGCUGGUGCACGAGGAGUCGUCUAUUAAUGUCCCUGCCAUCGCAGCAGCCCACGUCAUCAAGCGAUACAACGCACAGGCUAAUGACGAACUCUCAUUCGAGGUUGGAGAUAUUGUGUCUGUGAUCGACAUGCCCCCUAAGGAGGAUACCAUGUGGUGGAGAGGGAAACACGGAUUCCAGGUUGGCUUCUUCCCAAGUGAAUGCGUGGAGCUGAUCAAUGAUAAAAUACCCCAGUCAGUCAGCAACUGUGUACCAAAACCAGUGUGUAAGAAGCACGGCAAGCUGAUCACCUUCCUGCGCAGCUUCAUGAAGUCUCGUCCCAGCAAACAGAAGCUGAAGCAGAGAGGCAUCCUCAAGGAGAGAGUGUUCGCAUGUGACCUGGGGGAACAUCUGUUGAACUCAGGACACGAUGUUCCCCAGGUGCUGCGUAGCUGUGCUGAGUUUAUUGAGCAGCAUGGCAUUGUAGACGGAAUAUACAGACUCUCCGGCAUCGCAUCUAAUAUACAGAAGCUACGGCAUGAGUUUGACUCGGAGCUGAUUCCAGACCUGACUAAGGAGGUGUACCUGCAGGAUAUCCACUGUGUCGGCUCCCUCUGCAAACUCUACUUCAGGGAACUGCCCAACCCCCUGCUCACCUACCAGCUCUACGACAAGUUCUCUGAUGCGGUGUCUGCGGCUACUGAUGAUGAGCGCCUUCUGAAGAUUCAUGAUGUCAUCCAGCAGCUGCCUCCACCACACUACAGGACUCUGGAGUUUCUGAUGACGCAUCUCUCUCAGCUGGCUGCUUUCAGCCCCAUCACCAACAUGCACGCCAAGAACCUGGCCAUCGUAUGGGCCCCUAACCUGCUGAGGUCUCGUCAGAUUGAGUCUGCGUGUUUCGGGGGACCCGCUGCCUUCAUGGAGGUUCGAAUCCAGUCAGUAGUGGUGGAGUUUAUAUUGAGCCACGCCGACGUACUCUUCUCUCCUAAACUCACAGCACAGUCAGUAGUGGUGGAGUUUAUAUUGAGCCACGCCGACGUACUCUUCUCUCCUAAACUCACAGGUCACAGUACGUUACCGCGCCCCAAGUCCCUGGCCGUGGUGGGCCCAUGUGCGGGGGGGCGUCUGCUGUCUCUGGAGGAGGCCCAGGCUCGCACCCAGACACACUCACACACACUACCACACCCCUGCGGCCCGCCCAGCGCACACGCACACACACACGGCCGCUACAUAGAGGUGGGAGAGGGACCGGCCGCGCUGCUCGGCAAGUUCCACACCGUCAUCGACUUCCCCACCGAGAGGAAGCGUCAGCCGGUGAAGCCUCGUAAGUCCCCAGUGGGCAACUGGCGCUCCUUCUUCAGCCUGGGCAAGUCUUCAUCCUCGUCAUCAUCCUCCUCCUCGUCCGCUCCACACAAGAGGAAACUGAGACGCAACCCCAGCGAACCCUCAGAGCUGAAAUCCAUGGCCCUCACAGGGGGACGUGGUGACGCUACAACUCUACGCUCAGCCAAGAGUGAAGAAUCCCUCACCUCUCUUCACAACGUAGAAGGUGAGUCCCGGCUGUAUCGGCCGCGGCGUCCUCGUUCCAGCAGUGACGCGCUGUCUCCUCUCUCGGGCCCCUUUGGCGCCGCCCUGGUGGACACGGAUCCGCAGUGCGCCUCCACCUCCUACGACACGCUGUGUGACGCCUCUACCUCUCUCUCGCACACACACGUGCACACACACACACACCACGAAGACAGCGACAGCGCGGACGACCGGCCCAUCUUCUGUGUGCCCGCCCUCAUCUCGGCCCCGCCCCCUCUUGUCUCCACGGACACCGACUUGGAGUUCACGCCCCCUGAGGUGGGCAUGGGCACUCUGGACUUCGACCCCAUGUCCUUCUGCCUGGGGGCCACGCACACUCUGAGCCCAGACAACACCAUCUCCUCCACUUCCUGUCUGCUGGAGAGUUCCAUUGGCCAGCCGCCACCCUCGUCAACGUCGCUCAUUUCUCCAGAUAGCCAGCCACUUCCUGUGGAGACCCCUCCCCUUCCUGUGGGCAGCAGGGUGGAGUUUGUGCAUAAUGAGGCGCUGCUAUUGGACCUCCAGGGAGCAUCACCGCUGCACUCCACCCCAGCCGACAACACACACACACAACGCCACAGCCCUGUGUCCCUGUCUCCCUCAUCUCCCCGACGCCCCGGCCCCGGGACCCGCAGGGUGGCGUUUCGAUUGGAUGAUCUGGAGUCUCCUCCCCCCAGCUGUGACAGCCCCUCCCCUCUCUCCCCUCUGAGGGCUGACGAGCUGCUGAGCUGUCUGGACUGGCCUUACGUGCCCUCCCCCCUCUCCGUGGCCAUGACCACACCCCCCUCCCCCCUCUCUGUUGCCAUGCCGCCCUCUAAGCCCGCCUCCCUCGGCCCCUCGGCCACUCCCACUGACACCACAGUGCCAGACAGCAAGAGCGAGGCCAACCAGCCAAUCAAAACACCCCAGCCUCAGAACACUGCCACCUCAGCCAAUGAGAAUGCUGCUUUAAUUGGCAUGGUUGUUGACGCAGCAGCUGUCCUGCCCUCUCCCUGUGAAGCCCCUCAGACCGUCAACACAACCCCUCAUGCCACACCCACACACACUGAUGCCACAGACACGCCACUACACGCCACUUCCUCUGAUGCCACGCCCUCUACGGUGACGCCGACGCCCAUCUCACCAGUCUCUGCCUCUCCUCCAAUCAGCACACGGCAUCAGCCAGCAGCAGUGGAGGUAGCCACGGCCCCCUCCUCUGACCUCUCUCCAAUUGGCCCAGCCCCCAUAACCACCUCGGCCCCUGCUGCCCUUUCCCCCACCUCCAUAACCACCCCUGCUCCUGUCCCCACCUCUUUAAUUACCCAUGACCCCACCUUCAUAACUGCCCCUGCUCUUACCCCUACCUCUCUAACUUCCACUGCCCCCUCAAACCUCACACCUGCCCCUGCCGCCUUCUCUCCAGUUGCCCCCUCCUCUGAAGCUGACCCCACAUCUGUAGUAGACCCUCCCACCUCUCUAGUGGCCCCCACAUCAGUAGCUGCCCCUCCUGCGGUGACCGCCCCCACCUUAGUAGUGGCCCCCACCCCAGUAGUGGCCCCCUCCUCUCAGCCUGCCCCAGCAGUGACCCCUCCGGCUGCCUCAGCUGCCUCCGUUGCCCCACGCUGCUCCACUGCCUCCAGCCUCAGCACAGAGGGUGUGUGUGUGUCUCUGCCCGGACCUCAGUGUGUUGUCUGGCUUCUUCUCCAGCCUCAGCUGCCCACCUCUACGCAGACGGCCGUCUUGGACCCCCCUACAGCAGCACAGCAGCCCUCGCCCACCCCUACGCCACCAGAGCACCGCGUGGACCCCUCAUCAACUCCUCCGCCUCCCCCCACCGCUUCCGAUCGGCCCGCGGUUCCCCAGAGAGCCCCCGAGGCGCCCGAACAGCCCGCUCCUCCCCUCUCAUCUCCCCCCACGGCCCCCGAGCAGCCUCAGCCUCCCCCCAAAGUAUCCGAACAGCCCGCUCAUCUCCCCAAAUCCGCGGAACACCCCGCUCCUCUGCCCUCCAGAGCGGAGCACCCCGUGGCCGUGCUGCAGCCCCAGCCCCAGACGCCGCGCCUGCCCACCUCGUCGCAGGAGAGGCGGCCGUGGGAGGCCAUCAAGCCGGUGCAGCCGGUGGAGAGGGAGCACAGCGCCCCCUAUCAGCCCAUCAAGCCGGUGGAGCGGGAGAGGGAUCGGGAGAGCGGCUCCCUCUAUCAGCGGCAGGCGGUACUGCACCCCUCGUCGUCAACAGCAUCCCAGCAGGUCGCCCCUCCCCCGCCCCCCAUGCGCUCCAUCCAGAGCAAGAUGGCAGCCGCCGCCCUCAGCAGUCAUGCCUACCUACUGGAAGGGGAGGGGCCUGCCCUGCUAAGCCACACCCACAGCCACACCCUCCCCCGUAAGACCGCCUACGUCUACCAAGCGUCCGCAGCGGAGCGCGAGCGUCUAUUGGACGAAAGGGAGCGAUUUCUAUUGGACGCGGCGGCCGAGGCGCUGUACGGCCCCGCCCCCCGCUCGCUGCCGGUGAGCGCACUCGGUAGCCUGGGCUAUGGCUACCGUGCGUCAGCCGGAGGAGGCCCGGAGCUCAGCCUGGCGUACGCCACCGGCGACGUGUCGCGCUACGCCACCAUCGGCCCGCGCUCCUACCACCACCACUCCCUCAAAGCCCACCGGCCAACCAGAGCCGAGUACCUGGCCCCAGAGCCCGCCCCCAGCCACCAUCACCACCACCACCACCACAGAGGCCACGCCUACUCCGGCCAUCCCAGCCAAGCGUACGCCUACUCCAGCCAGCCGACCUCGGCCUACUCCACGCUGCGUCGCGUCCACUCCAUGCACACGCCCUCGCCCUCCCUCUCGCUCUCGGCGUCGCGCGCCCAUCCCCCGCCCCUCUCGGACGCAGAGCUCUUUUACCUCCACCACCAGCAGCAGCAACAGCAGCAGCAGCAGCGUUGCCAUAACUACCCCCCCUCCUCCACCAAUCCCCUGCCUGACGCCACUGAAGCCCAGCCCACCUCCGAGGUCGACUACCAUGUCACCCGCUUGCAGCCUUUCUUCGAGAACGGCCGCGUCCAAUACCGUUACAGCCCUUACGGCGCGCCCGAAACGCACGCACAUUCACACGCACACGCUCACACUAACACACAUGCUCACACACCCUUCUACGACCUGGGCUACGCCAGUCUGCGCCUGCCCCGUCACGCGCACUCGUUCGCGGGGGGUCGCGAUCGCGACAAGCCCGGGGCGGGGGCGUACCACUACCUGCUCCACCAACGUGCGCACACACCGGCACACACACACACGCCGCACGGGCACAGCGUGAGUCGCUCACACACACCCUUACACACGCACGCACAUGUCACAGACACACACGCACACAGCGUGGGAGUCAAGGAGCACGGCUUUGUGAGUCGCGACAUGCCCCCCGCUCACACGCACACGCACACUCACACCACCUCGGGGGGGUCGAGCGUGUGCGAUGAGGGGGAGCGAGCGUGUGGGCGUGUGCCGUCGCUGCGGAGGGAGAGCCGAGCGAGACAGAGGCUCAGAGGACCGCCCCUCUCCCAAUACGACAACCUGGCCGCGUACACACACACACAGGCCCCCGAGCCCCCCCUCGACACACACGCACACACACACGCACACUCGCACUCACACACACACGGCGAGCCCCUCAGGAGCAAGUCUGACCCGGGCAAAGAGGCGCGCUACAACGUCACGCCAGAGAGCGCGCUGCCCCGCUCACACACCGCAGACACACACACACUCACGCGCUCUCACACGCCCUCCUCCUCGCACACACACAACGUCACACGCUCACACACGCCCACGAUGACGCGCUCGCACACUCCCUCGCACGCAUACACCACCGCCGUCGACACACCUCACCACACACACGCUAGCAGCGCCGUGCCCACGCGCUCACACACACCCGACCCGCACGUCUCCCAGCGCUACCCGGAGGCGGAACACACACACACACACACUCACGGCACACACACACACACGCACCCUGAGGUCCAGCGCAGGGGGGGCCGCAGUCCCGACCAAGAUCCCUACGGCCCCCACUCGAAGACCGCAGCUGCCCCCGCCAAACAUGAGAGAAGCCACCCCCCCCCCCCCCCCAAACACCCCCACCCCCCCUCCCACUACGACAACCUGGAGCACUGUGGUGUGGCCGAAUGUAGCAGCACUGCCCUCUUACACGUAACACCACCACCACCAGCAGCAGGACAAGCACAACACAGCGCCCCUCUGUGGUGA